AUGCCUCCCAGUCUGCAGACUCUUUUCCAGAUCCCCACUUCAUUGAUUUACACACAAACCUUCCCGAUCAGUUACAAUCUCGACACUAUGGCUGGCGCUGACGAAGAUCCAUCAAUGUUAUUCGUCGAUGACCCGUUUCAGUUCACCCUCGAUCUGCACGCAGGGUAUCACCCGAUGUAUAAUCCUUCUGCUAUCCCUUACCAGGAUUCUGUGCCAUCGCACCCAUCUCCUCAGUACUUUCCUUCAUUCCCUCCGCCCAUCGUGUCUAUUGAUGGAAUAUCCACUUUGGCGCCAGGCUCAGAGGAUAUUCCACCUCUUGGAGAGCUGCCAGGUCUCGAUGAGCCACUACCUCUCGGAGAUUCGUUCCAAGUCAGGGAGCCUUCACCUCCUCCAGUGUCCAUCCAGAUCAUGCAGUCGCCAACCGCCGGAAAAGCCGUUGGAAAUCAAGUUUUGGUCAUACCCACUGCGCACAAACAAAGGUGUGUCGGAUGCUACUCCGUCCGCGGUACCCUUGUGCCGAUCUCGUAUAGCGCCUUUACGAUACAACAACAAGAUCCGAAUCCAUCGAAGAAUCUUCGAAGGCGCACCAAGAGAGAAAGACCUGCGGCUCAGGAAGCAUUGACUUCGGUAGCAAAUGCAUAUGAUGAUGAUUUCAUGUCGACCUGCAAGAGAGUCGCCCAUGCUGUGGCUCCAAUCGGGUACGGUCUUCGCCCCUCAAUCUGGUCGGAGGAUUCCAAACAACAAUAUCAGAUUGAUAAGGUGAAGGACCUCGUCGACGAUCCUUUAUUCCCGCUCAAGUUCAUAUUCGGGAAUGACUUGGGUGUUCAUGGAGUCGGCAAGCUGUAUGCAUUCGAGAACCUCGUCGUAUCAACCGUCGCUGUAGACGUCAUUUUAAAACUUGGCUACGCCCCUUACAUUAGUACAGAACUUGACAAUUCAGUGUUUUUUACAGCUGCAGCAGCCUGUGGAGUGUACUCUACAGGAGCUAGCAAGCGGGCAGUUGGGAGUGUCCAUUGA